UUUAUGGAUUUUCCUUUUUGUAACUCAAAAAUGAAAGAGGAUAAUGAAUGAGAAAUGAGCUUUGAUCACUUCCAAAGUACAAACAAGUUUGCUCUACACUAAAAUUUCUGCUCCUCAUUUCUUGCACAGAAUCAAUUAAAACUAAGACAUGUCUAAAAUGUCUUCUUCUAAAUUUACAAACCCUAAAGUUUUCAUAUCUUCUUCAAAACUCUUCCCCCCUUCGAAGUUUUCUUCUUUUUUAACUUCACGCCCUCCUCUUUUCUCCAAAUCCCCAUCACGUUUCAACCCAAUUUCUGACUCUCCCAGAAAAGCUCUGACCUUGGUUUUGUCCAAGCCGUUUGAAGCUGAGGAAGAGCUGUCCUCCACAGAAGAUGAGUGGCUCAAGAGACUCCCAGAUGAGUCUAAGCCUUUAUAUUCUCACAGCUUGCCUUGCAUUGAAGCUUGGCUCAGAAAUUUGGGGUUUUAUCAGAGUAAAGAUAACCGGGCUGUUUGGUUGAUUGAAAAAACUGAUUGGCAUGCUCAGUUGUCGCUUGAUGUCACUGACCUCUGCAUAAGGUACUUGAAGAGUGGACCUGGGAACCUGGAAAAAGAUGUGGAGAGAAGAUUCAGUUAUGCAUUGAGUAGAGAAGAUAUUGAGAAUGCCAUACUUGGAGGACCAUGAGCAAUUCAGCUUCAGCUUGGUCUUAUUAGCAAUGUUUAUCUAGAAUAUCCAAAACCAGAAAGAAAUGCAAUUACAAAUGCUGUUGUAACACCCCAGAUUCUAAACUCGCUCGAAAAUAUAAAACUCAUUUAAUCUA